GGGGCUUCUCCCUUGCAUUUCCUGGGAAAGGGGAGGGGGUGACCUUGCAAAAAUCACGCAAGAAUGAACCAAUCUUUUGCAAGGAAGGAGGCGCAUAAGGGGCUCAGGGCUGCGUCCUCACGACCCGGCUAAAAUAGGGGAUUGGGUCCUCUGCAGGCAAGCGGCAUCUGUCGGGUGUGUGUGUGUGUGUGUGUGUGUGAAGCAAGGUCUAUUCAGCUUUGAUGUAGUUCCUUUGGUUUUCUGUGAACCCAGAGACGGAUUUGUUAACCCAUGUUGUGGCUUUAGUGGGUGCUGAGAGAGAGAGCAUAGUUCUGCAGCCUUGAAUAGAAGGACAUAAUAAUAGUAGUAAUCAUUUAUUAAACUGUAUUAAACGUCUGUGCCAGCCAACCCCCAGCAACUCCCAGUUGUUGUGUUGGAUGUUCAUAAAAAAUAGAUCCAGAAUUCCCCUACCUGUAUUUCUUCAGCCUUGAUGGGACUCAAUCCUGAAGUCCUGCCUUUUCUCACCAGAUGCACAUAUCUGCCUGAUAAGAAGCCUGCUCCCUCUUCCCUAACCUGGCCCAGCUUUAGAAAGAUUUCUCUUAUAAUAGUUGAUUAAACUCAUUUCCUGCAGACCUCCAUAAAUUUUCUUUUUUCCCCCUACCUCAGAUAACGUAAACUGGAAGCACCUUGUAGCUUUUUACCUCAAAGAGGGCUGAAUGGCCCUGAAAAACUUGUCCAGGGCCUCUUGGUGCAGUUCAGGGCCUGGGAAUGAAAAGACAUUUGGAGGUCCGGAAGACUCCUCGGCCCUGUUUGGAGUUGCGUUGCAGGACCGAGAAAGAAUGGAGACACAACCCGUAGCAAGUGAGGGAACUGGAGAAGGCCCUUCUGCUGUUCAGCCUGGGAGCUGUGGGGAGAUCUGGGCAAGAACUGGACAGAAGAUCCUGGAGGAGGAAAGCAUCUGUUCAGAGGUCCAGUGCUGGCCCUUCAGGAAUGUCUACUACCAAGAUGCCAAGGGCCCCCGAGAGAUUUGUAGCCACCUCCACCAGCUUUGCCUUCAAUGGCUGCAGCCAGAAAGACACACAAAGACACAGAUGCUAGACCUGGUGACCCUCGAGCUGUUCCUGGCCUUCCUGCCUAUGGAAGUGGAGCACUGGGUGCGGGAGUGUGGAGCGGAGACCAGCUCCCAGGCGGUAGCCCUGGCGGAAGGCUUCUUCCUGAGCCAGGCAGAGGAGCAGAAGGAGCAGGUGAGCUUCUUGACGGCAAUUGCUGAAUAUCCCAAGGGAAGGAGGAAUCUAGCUAAGGAAGAGCCGGGUCAGGACAUCUCAGCAGGGGAUAGGACAACAUCAUUGGCACUUGUAGGACCAUCUCCUUUUUCUGGUGGAGCUGAACGAGUGGCUGAACCCUCAGCUCAGGGUGUUGUGUGCUUUGAGGAGGUGGCGGUAUAUUUCUCCAAGGAGGAGUGGUCUCAGUUGGACCCCUACCAAAAAGCCCUGCAUAUGGAAGUCAUGCUGGAGAAUGCUGGAAAUGUGGCCUUUUUGGGAGCCAGUGGGCGAGAACAGGAGAAGGACAAGAAACCAGUCCGAACAGUCACUCUGAAAGCGAUAAAAGAGGCACUUGCCAAUGAAAUGGAACCAAAAAAGAAUGAAAGAAAUCCUUCCCAAAAUGGGAAGAAGGCAAGCAACCCUUUCCAGGGUACUCAAGUUCAAGAUUUAUUUGCCCCACAAGACCCCAGAGGAAAACUACUGGGAACAAAUUUAAUGAAGAGCAGGACAAUAUUUGAAGAUACAUUAGAUUUCAGUGAAUGCGGCAGAGCCCUCCCUAAAGAUCAACAGUCUGAAUACAAGACAAUUUUUAGUUUUUCUUUACAUGAAAGACUUGACAUGGAAAAAACCCGAUAUCAAUGCAUGGAAUGUGGAAAAAGCUUCAGGUGGAGACCUGCUUUUACCGCCCAUAAAAGGAUCCACACGGGGGAGAAACCAUAUAAAUGUAUGCACUGUGGAAGAAACUUCUGUCAGAUUGGAUCCCUUAUUUCCCAUAAAAGAAUCCACACGGGGGAGAAACCAUACAAAUGCAUCCAAUGUGAAAAGAGUUUCCGAGAAUAUGGGUCCCUCACUUCCCAUAAAAGAAUUCAUACAGGGGAGAAGCCAUAUAUAUGCAUGGAAUGUGGAAAAGGUUUCAGCCAGAGCAGUUCCCUCACUUCCCAUAAGAGAAUCCACACAGGAGAGAAACCAUAUAACUGCAUAGUGUGCGGAAAGAGCUUCAGUUUGAACAGUUCCCUUACAUCCCAUAAAAGGAUCCAUACAGGAGAGAAACCAUAUGGAUGUAUAAACUGUGGAAAGAGCUUCACAGAUUCCAGUUCCCUUAUUUCCCAUAAAAGGAUCCACACUGGGGAGAAAGCUUAUAAAUGUAUGGACUGUGGAAAGAGCUUCAGUAUGAAAAGUUCUCUUACUUCUCAUAAAAGGAUCCAUUCAGGGGAGAAACCGUAUCAGUGUGUGGAGUGUGGGAAGCGUUUCAGUCAGAACAGUUCCCUUACUUCUCAUAAACGGAUCCACUCAGGAGAGAAACCAUAUAAGUGCGUGGAGUGUGGGAAGAGCUUCAGUCGGAGCAGUGACCUAUUUUCCCAUAAAAGAAUUCACAUAGUCGAGAAACCGUAUCAGUGCAUGGAGUGUGGAAAGAGCUUUAAGUGGAGCAGUAAUCUUACUUCCCAUUCAAGGUUCCACACAGGGGAGAAACCCUAUAAAUGUCUGGAAUGUGGAAAGACCUUUAGUAUGAGCAGAUCCCUUACUUGCCAUAAAAGGUUACACACAGGGGAGAAACCAUUUAGGUGCACAGAAUGUGGAAAGAAUUUUAGUGAUUCAAGUUCGCUUACUUCCCAUAAAAGAAUUCAUAUAGUAGAAAAACCAUAUAAAUGCAUGGAGUGUGGAAAGGCCUUUAGGUGGAGCAGUAAUCUUGCCUGCCAUAAAAGGAUCCACACGGGGGAGAAACCAUAUAAAUGUGUAGAAUGUGGAAAGAGCUUCAGGAGAAGUGGCAACCUUUCUUCCCAUAGAAGGACCCACUCAAAAGAGAAACCAUAUAAAUGCAUGGAGUGUGGAAAGACCUUCAGUGAGAGCAGUUCUCUUUCAUCUCAUAAAAGAAUCCAUAUAGUAGAGAAACCCUAUAAAUGCAUGGAGUGUGGAAAGUGCUUCAGAUGGAGCAGCAACCUUAGUUCUCAUAGAAGGAUCCAUAUGAGGGUGAAUUCAUAUAAAUGUAUGGAAUUUGCAAAGACCUUAUCUCAAAGCAGUCAUUUUACUUCACAACAGGUUGAGUGAAUACGUUGUGUCAUGUCAGUGGUGAUUCUUAGGGACCCAAAAAUAGAUUUUCUCCAUGACGAUCUAUCCCUAACCUGAUCUUUCAGAUCUUCUAACAAUGCUUCCGUUGCUGUUGUCACCGAGUCCAUCUACCUUGCUGCUGGUCAUCCUCUUCUCUUCCACCUUUCCCAGCAUUAGAGCCUUUUCCA